AUGGGGCGUACUAGUAGACUAUUCGUGCGUCCGUCCGUUGUUCAGCUUAGGGGAUCCACAUACACCAGCCACUUUCGCUUCGCUCUGAAUGAAUUGUCCUCCAGUCAGUGCCUGGAGCGCUUGUCACAUACCACUUGGCGGUACGGGCCUUAUCCCCAGAUUGUUGCUGCGCGCCGCAUCUUCCUUCUAACUCUUGGCUCAAACACGCGAUUGCAUCAUAGCCAUUGCUGGAUCAACUUACCGGCCGAUCUUCCCCUGUUCCCCUAG